CUCGUACAUCGCCACCGUUUGUGGUUCAUUUUCAUCUUGCACGGCACCCAGCGCUAUUGCUGCGUAGCCGUUGAAGCAAAAUUUUGUAGAGUUGACAAAUUUUUUUUUCCCAUUCAAAACCACCGCCACGUUCUCGUAAUUUAUCCGUCGUGUUCUGUCAGUUCUACGGACGUCUCUAAUACACGUGUUCCACACGUAACGCCAAGAUGUCGAGUAAGUAAACCUCAGUUGGAUUUUCCUUUCGUUUCGCGUAUUUUUUCGAGGGCGACAAAUAUUGUCAGUUUUUUUUUUUUUUUUUUAUUGUAUUACUCGUAUAUUCGUACGCGGCGCAAACUCGAUUGUGUCGUUGCCCCGGGGGCCACUCGUUCUAAGGGCUGUGGUGUCGAUAAGCAUUUCAUUAACCCUGACGUCCGUGAUCAAACGUUUUUCUGUGCGGCCUUGUGAUCGUUCUUGAACCAUAUUAGUGUAGUCCUUGUGUUUGAAUCUGAAGCUCUGCGAUCUUUGGCACCGUUCACGUGUUUUACAUGCAUCGUCCGAUAUUUUUUUUAUCACUCCACUCAUUUAAUGAUAACGGGUCAAUGGCUUUUACGGCCGCGGGUCUAUCCCUCGUGUUUUUUCACGUCGGGCUCACAUUUCCACACGUCUGUAGGUAGUACUUGCCUCUUUUCUAUUGGGAGUACACCUCCGUUCUUACGAUGCCCAAAUAUUAAAAUGGUUGUCAGUUACGUCUUCAAAUAGCUCGGGACAAUAGGCUACGUGACCGUAUACUUAAAAGUACAUUAAUAUACCUGAUUACUUUGUAUAGGUACCUGUUUAAUUUUUUUUUUUCCUUUGUAUGAUACGCUCAAAUUUUAUAAUUGAUAUAUUUUAAAUUUGAUGAAUGUCCAAUAUUUUUUCAAAUUUACAAUAUUUGUGUAUAGAUAGAUAACCUAUUGCAGUUGUAUGUAAUGUGCACAAAAUAUAACAAUUUCAAUAUUUUGUUUAUAUCGAAGUAAUCUACUCUUAAAAUUUAUGUUUGAUCAUAUUUUCUGUAUAUUAUAAUCGCACUUGUGUACCUACAUAAAAAAAAAAUUCUCGUACCUUAUUACCUUCCAAAUUAAUAAACAUUUCUUUAAAUUAGUAGUAAUUUAUUUUUAUAAUUUUUUCCUAUUAAAUAUUUUAAGACUGAUUUUAAACGAAUACAAGUAAUUAAAAAAAUUCAUUCUUGACCUUACAAGUAACUACCAUGUAACAAGUCUAGGUAACUGUUUAAAAAACACUACACAAUGUACCAAAUGAAAAUAUUUAAAACAUUAGAUUUGUUUGCAAUAUAGAUCUGUGUGUCUAUAUCUCGGGCUGUGAAUAUCAAUAUAGAUACAUAUUAAUUUUUUUUGUAAAAAUACUAAAUACAUACCUAGUAUAAUUUUCAACUCCUUUGCCUUUUUUAAAUUUUAUCUAAUAUAGUAAAUGUUAUUCAAUUCAUUUAAUUAAAUUAAUUGAAUUAAUUAAUUUAAUUCAUAUAAUAUAUAAUAUGCUGACUUCCAUCUAUUAAUGUAAUUUUCUAUUUUAUUUUGCUUGGCAAUACAGCCUUAUGUGAUUGGAUAUAAAAUACCUAAUUUAUUGAUUAACAUAUUUUAUUUUUGUUUACACCUGUCAUCAUUUACAUUCAGAACUAUAACUAUCUAAAUUAUAAAUUACCUAUAAAAUUUUAGAAAUCAUUAACCAUCUUCCUACAAACACCAAAAUAUAUUUAUUUUAUAAUUUCGGCCGUUAAAUGGAAGUAAAUUAAAAUAAAACAAUCUUUAUUGAGGGAUUUAAUUCAAUUUGAUUAUCCAUCAAUCCAGAAUGUCACAUUAGUUAUACGUAUUAUAAGUUCUCUAGAAUAGUUUUUCAAUUGUAUUUUGAUUGAAUUUAUUAUUUUUAUUUAAUUUAUUAUUAGCAGUAUUAUUCAUAGCACAAUUUUUUGAAAGUAUAGUGAGAAAAAAAAAAUAAAAACAAGUAACACACAAAAGUUAAAAAAGAAUGGUUUAAAUGUAUUAAUUAUUACAUUUAACUGAAAAUAAAAAGUGGGUUUUAAUUUAGGCUGUUUUUUGAUAGACCAGUAAUAGUUAUUUAUUAUCUGGAAUGUGCAUUCAGCCAAAAUUAAAAGUGCAAUCAUAGUACCAAUCAAUUUAAUUUUAAUUUUUUGACCUCCAAUUUGCUCUAUAAAUUGUUAUUUUGAAGACAAAGUUAGUUAUUUUUUUCUUCCUAAAAGCACCAAAUUGCCUUUAUAUUAUCAUUUUGGCCGUCAAAUGGAAGUAAAUGAAAUAUGACCUUCUUUAGUGAGGGUUUAAUUCUUUAUGAUUAAUCCAUCAAUCCGGAAUGUUACAUUUAAUCAAAAUUAAUUUGAUAAAAACAAAAUAUCUAAACUUUUGGUUGAUUUUUGAUAGACCAGUCAUGAAUUUUUUUUGGAAUGAGUAUUCAACCAAAAUUAAAAGUGUAAUCAUAGUACUAAUCAAUUUAAUAUUAAUUGGAUGACCUCCAAUUUGCUCUAUAAAUUGUUAACUUAUAAUACAAAGUUUAUUAUUAUUAUGUUUUUCUUCCUAAAAGCACCAAAUUGCUAUUUUAUUAUCAUUUUGGCCGUCAAAUGGAAGUAAAUGAAAUAUGACUUUCUUUAGUGAGGGUUUAAUUCUUUAUGAUUAAUCCAUCAAUCCGGAAUGUUACAUUUAAUACAAUUUAAUACAUUUAAUCAAAAUUAAUUUGAUAAAAACAAAAUAUCUAAACUAUUGGCUGAUUUUUGAUAGACCAGUAAUAAAUUUUUAUUUUUUGGAAUGAUCAUUCAACCAAAAUUAAAAUUGUAAUUAUAGUACUAAUCAAUUUAAUAUUAAUUGGUUGACCUCCAAUUUACUUUAUAAAUUUUUGUUUUCGAAUACAAAGUUAAUUUUUUUUUUCCUAAAAGAAUUUAGAAAAAAUAGAAACAAAAUUUAAUUUUUAUUCUUAAUUUAAUAAAUAAUACUCAUAGAAUUCUUCUACUUUCCUACAAAAUAUAUAAUAUUUUUUUCCCUUAAAGCACUAAAUUUUACCUUUAUUAUUAUUUUGGCCGCCAAAUUAAAAAAUAACUUUGUUUAGUGAGUGAUAAGUCCAAGAGCUGAUUAAUCCAUUAAUCUGUAAUGUUAUUUUGCCUUUGAAUAGUUGUUGUAAGUCCUUUUAUGGAAGAAUUGUUUAUCCGUAAAUAGCGAUUUUUUUUUUUCUGAUUCAUUUAACAGAUUUUUUUGUUUUUUUUUUUUCUAGGUAAAAAGACUAAAAAGCAAAAAUGGACGCCAUUAGAAACUGAGGUAAUUUCUAUAGCCAGUGGAACAUGUUGGGCGGAUGAAGUAGAAAAAGAACAAAAUGGUAAUGCAUAUUAAUAAUAUAUAAUAUUUCAUUCAUAUACAAUGAUUAAUUUGAUAUGUGCCUUAUGAUGAACAUAUUGGAGCUUACUGUUAUUUUACUGUUAAAGCUUCUAAAAUAGAGUUACAUCAGUCAACAAGAAUCUUGCUUCAGGGGUUUACACACGGAGUACUUAGUUACUUAAAUAACCUCGGGAAGGUCUGAGAUAAAUUCACUAACCUUCCAGCCGAAGGCCUUCUUGACAAAGUUGGGCAGGAGAACCAGAAAUUGGUCCAGUUCUAAAAUUUUUGGGUCUGAGACGCCAUUGGCUGAGACAAUAAUUUUAGAAACUGUUGGAAUCUCCUGUGAUUCGCAUUUUUAGUUCAAUUUGCAAGGUUCUAGCUUUAUGUUAGAAUAACUCAAUUCAGACUAAUCUCUUGUUGACUGUUAAUCUAUAAAUCUGAGGGCUUUUUUUGUAUCAAGUUUUGAUAAUUUGAUACUAUAAAAAUUUAAUUAAAAUAACUUUAUUUUUAAAUUGUUUAAUAAAAUAAAAAAAAUAGGAUUUGGUGGUUAUGGAUUUGAAGCUAAGCCAUUAAAUCUUCCUAAAGCACCAAGAGCUGCUUGUGAUACUAUAAUUGAUGAAGCUUCAGUACCUCAAGAAGGGCCAUUUUUGGUUCAUAUGUCUAAUUUACAAUUUGAAAUUGAAGAAGAUGAUCUCACAAAUUAUUUUAAAGGACUAAAGGUAAUUCAAAUAUAUUAAAACAAAAUAUACAUAGUAGACCAUUUGUUUUUUAUGUGGAUAGGGUGUCGCAUAGUAUAAUAUUGUUUAAUUAUAAAUUAUAUUCACUUACUUAUUUAAUAUUAAUAAAUAAUGCAGUUUUAAAUAUUUAAUAUAAAUUAAUAGUAUACUUGCUGCUGGUUAUAUCAAAAUUAGUUAGUAUUGGCCUGUUACAAGUGUCAUUUAUAGAGUUUCCAUCUGAUAUCUCACAAAUAAUAAAAAGAUUAAGAAAUACAAUUCCAUCGCCAUAAAAUUAUAGUUUUAAAUUAAGGGAAUAAUCUAAGUUAAAAAGUUUUAGUACAUCAGUGUGAGAUUAAUGUUACUAAAAUAGUUUACUUUGUCUAUUAUAAAUAUUUUGUUUAAAUACACUUAACCUAAAAUGCAUAGAGUUGAUAAUCUUAUUGCUGUCAAUAAGUAUUUUGCAGAAACUAUGCUAUAUCAAUUUUUUGUAGACACUAUUUUUGAAUUCAUUUGUACUUAAAUGGUUUCUAAAUAAAAUACAAUAUCUAAUUCUGAUAAACAUAUAUUUUAUUUGUAAGUACAAUUAUUUUUCAUUACCUGUAGUAUACAAUUUAAUUUGUGUAGAUUUACAUUCUUGUUUUAUUAAUGUAUUAAAAUAUGCACAGAGUCGAAGAUAAUGAACAAUAUUUUGUUGUAUUUUUUUACUUAGGAAAUUAAACAUUUUUAAAUUUUUAUUAGCUGUAUAAUAAGAAUUUCAUGAACGCUAAUUCUUACAAUAAGUACAACAUUAUAACUACCAUGAUGAUUUAAAGGCGAAUGUUAACAUGUGGAGUUCCUUUCAUACUUUAGUAUGUGAGUUGAACCAAUGUUUAUAUGUACACAAAUUUGAUUUUCUGAUAAUUUGGCUUGUAGUUAUAAUGUUUCAAUAUCUCUGAAUAUUUGAUUUUAGAUUUUGAGCGGAGUGAGGGAUAUAUUGGUUUUACAAUAUUUAUAUUUUUUUACUAAUAAUUUUGCUCAGAUAUAAAAUUAUUCAAUUUCACUUGUAUACUUAUAUAUUAAUACUUUUAAAUUAUAGCAUAUUUUUUAAAAGGAAAUCUGACUGGGGUGUUAUUUUAGGGAGGUCCCAGGAGUUUUCCCAAUAAUAAAUGAGAAAAAACAAAGGAAAAUAGUUUCAAUAUUAAAGAAAAUAUGUUAUUAUUUUACUAUAAUAUAUGAUACAUAUAUUGUUAACAAAGUAAUAUUAUUAACUAAACUUAGAAUCGUUUUCGUUAGCAAUGGUUAAUCGUGUACAGGUAUACCUGCAUCAAAUUACCCUUCUAUUUCCAAAGAUUCUCACCUACAACAGUGGCCCACCCAUUAUGCAAAUUAUGUCUAUCUUUUUUGAGUUAAUUUUAUGUUUUAUAUCAGAUUGUUAGCAUUAAAUUACCUCGUAAUGAUAAUGGCCGUAACAAAGGAUUUGGAUAUGUGGAAUUUGAAGAACGAAAAGAACUAAUUGUUGCACUUGGAAUGGAAAAUUUAGUGAGUUUCAAUAACACAUUUAAUAAAAAAAUAUUAAAAAGCUUAGUUAUUAUGUACAAGUAGAUGUAUUUCAUAACUAUACCAGCUGUCAAUGAAAAAUAUAGUGUUAUGUUACAUAGUUAUAAAAGGAUAUUUGCAUUGUUUAGAUUCGUGGACGUCGUGUACGAGUUGAGUUGGCCAGUGGUAUGCAAGAUUCUAGAAAUGCUUUUCAAAGAGGUAGUCGUAUGGGUAUGGAUUUUAAAAGUGAUGAACCCGGAGACUGGCGAUCAACUAACCGUACUUCAACUACUGAAGGUAAUUAAAUACAAAUUUUUAUUAUUGUAUAUAUAUUAUUAACAAUGUGUUUUUAUUGUAGGAGGGUUCCCUAGGAGAAGAGAUGGUAAUGCCUUUGAUAAAGACCAUGACAGUGAACGAGAUAAUGGUCCGUGGAGAGGAGCCAGACAAAAUGUUAGUGAUGAUGUAGUCAGAAAACCAUUUAGUGAUAGACAUUAUGAGGAUUCUUCAGAAUCUGGUGGAAGAAGACCAUUUGGAGAUCGUCGUAAUAAUGAUUUCGAGACUGGUAGAAGACCUUUUGGAGAACGCCGUGAUGAUGUUGAGGGUGGAAGAAAACCAUUUAGUGAUUCUAGACGAGGUUUUGGUUUUAAACGAGAUGAUGAUUUACCAGAAAUAGGUAAUUGAUAAUUUAUUUUCUUUAUGAAUAUUUUUAAUUAUUUCAAAUAAAAUAAAUUUCAUAACAGCUGGCAGUAAUACUUUACCACCACAAGAACGUCCAAAGCUCAUAUUAAAACCAAAGACUGUUGAUCCUGAUGCGCCAAAGACCGAAACAUCGAGUUAUGCGUCUUCGUCGUCUAUUUUUGGUGGUGCUAAACCAGUUGAUACAGCAGCGAAAGAAAGAGAAAUUGAAGAAAAACUUUUAACUAAACACGAACCAAAACCUCUACUUUCUGCUGCUUCUUCACUAACCAGUUUAAAUGACAAUUCUGAUACCAAGUAUGAUGAUAUUUGUAUUCUAUUAUAUUUAAGUUAAACAUUAAGUAAUAUAUAAAAUUGUUGUUUUGCUUGAUAAUUGCUGUAUUCGUUUAUAAUUUAUUUGGAGUGUUAUUACUUAUAUUUGUUUUAUUUUAAGUCAGUUAUCUGUUCUAUGUUGCUAGAUUAUAUGCAUGCAUACUACAUAGUCCGAGUAAUAGAUACAAAAUAUUUUUUAACUUCAUGAGUCAGCAAUUAAGUUAUAUAAUGUUCAGAAGUUAGGUUAAAUACCACUAUGCGAAGUGAAAUCAUGCUUUAAAGUGGGGUGAAUUGAAAAAUCAUGCUUAAAACAAGAAUACAUUUAUCAUAAACAUUAUUGUAAUUGAGAAUUUGAUUUUUUCCAAAAAAAAAAAAAAAAAUGGCAUAAUUUUAAAACAACAAUUUUGCAGAACUAGAAAUAAAACUUAAUUAAAUAAAUCUCAUAUUUCAUUUUUAAACUUUUUUUUCUUAAUUUUAAUACGAUUGCAGUAGAAAGUCAUUUGGGACAAAGUAAAAAAUGAUUUAAAAAAAAGUUGGUUAAAUUUAAUUCUUUAGGAAACAUUAAGUUGAUUUUUUGUAAUUUGGAUAGACCAGAAUAGUUAUCUAAUAUGUGCAUUCAGUCAAAAUCAAUUUAUGGUACUCAAAUUGUAUAAUAAGUUUAAUGUUGAUGAUUACUUAUUAAAAGAAAUAGAAUAAAUAUUUGUUUGUAAUGUUUUUUUUAUUUAAUACUAACUAAGAUGUGUUUUUGUAUAAGAAGUCAAGAAGAGGUAGAAGUAAAACCAGUACCUCAAGCCAAGUCUGUUGAAACUUGGAGGCGAAGAAGCCCACGUCGUCAGAAUGAGGAUGAUGAUCGUCUUCCAAGACGGAGAGUUUCUCCUGAUAGGAAUCCUAAAUAUGAAGAAGCGCCUCCUCCUCGGGAAAAUGCCUGGACAAAACAACAUUCUAUUAAUAAAGAACCAGAAAUUUCUAAUGAAAAUAUAUGUAAUGGAACAUCAGCACCUUCAAUGUAAUAUGACCAUUAGAAAACUAAAAUUUUAUAAUAUUCUAUACCUUUUCAAUUUGUUUUUUUCUAGUGAAGAAGAUAAUAAACCUAAACUUAAUGUUUACAUUCCACCGAAUCUUCGUAAAAAGCAAGUUUCAGAAGAACAAGUUCUAGAAAAUGAAUCAACAGUAGAAUCUGAUACAGUUGAUGAAGAGGUUUCUGCCAGAACAGAAGUUGUUACUGCCAAAGCAAAUGAUUUUGUGCUUGACAAACCAGAACUUAUUGAAACUUCGAGCGUAGGUCUAGAUGAUGUAAGAACUGACCCUGAUGGUCAAUCUAGUGAACCCGAAGUAGGAAAAGAUCAACAAACUACAGAAGGAGAAGAUAAGAAUGAUUCUGGGUUUAUUGAAUGUGGUAAAAAUAGUUCAGAAAAAAGUGAUUAUUCAUUUGUAAUAUUCAAAUGAAAGUGAUGGUGAUAAUAAUGUUAAUUUUUAAUUUUAGAUAAAUCCAAAAAAAAACCUAAAUUAGCAAAAAAAGUAUCAGAUGUCGAAAUUAAAAAAAAGUAAGUUUAGACCUUGUACAAUAUAGUUAAUAUGGUUUUCUAAUGGGUUUUUAUUUACAGAGAUCCUGUUGUAACUAAAGAGCAAAAGAAAUCUGUAAGUACCAUUUAUUUUAAUUAAUUAAAACUCUGAUUUAAACUGAAUAAUGGCUAUUAGUAAUCAUUAAUAUUUAAACUCAAAUUAUCUAAGCUUCGUUUAAAGUUAACUUAAAUAAAUUAAAGUGUUUUUUUUAAUGAUACUUAGGUAUCUUCAAACAUUAAUUUUAUAAAUUAUGAGAUUAAGAGCUUAUAAUUUUCAAAAACAUUAAAUUAUCUUCAUAAUUUCCAAGGUAUUCUAUAAAACUGACAAACUCUUCUUUGAAGGGUAAUUAAACAUCCAUAUUACUAAAAAUGAAACUGGAAGCUUCGUUUGAAGUGUCGAUAUCCUAUUUAAGGAAUACUGAAAUAGUUAAGCUGAAGUUGAACAAGCGAUUAAUUUAUAAAUUGUCUACUUAAAACAUUUUAUGUUUGUGCAACAAACAAUAAUUUUUAUCUUUGUAAAUUUAAACAUUAAGUUUGUAGAACAUAUUUAUGCUAUUAGAUAUAAUUGUAUUAUUAUUUGAUAUUACGUCUAUAAAUACUUAAAUAUUGUUCUGACAUCACAUUUUCCUUUUGAAACUUUGUGCAAAUGCAUCAUGGAAUUAAUAUUUUAAAUGCACAAAGUUGAUAAUCUUAUUGUUAUCAAUAAGUAUUUUGCAGAAACUGUGCUAUAAUAAUUUUUCUUUAGACACUAUUUUGUUGCUAAUUAAUGCUAAAAUGGUCGCAAAGUAAAAUACAGUUUCUGUUAUUUGUUUUAUUUACAACUAUUGCCUGAUGUUUUAUUUUUAUUAUUAAUAAAAAAAUAUAAUAACUUAAAUAAUACAUUUUUUAUUAUCUUAUAUUAUUUAUAUUUACUAUAUUUUAAUCAACACUUGAAUUGAAUCAGAUUAAUGCUUAUAAUUGUAUAUAUCUAGUGACCACAACCCAUACCUAUUGAAAUUAGGUAUAAUUAUUUUUUACAAAAUAUUUAUUUUGUUAAUUUCCAGUGACUAAUAUUAUAUGUUUUAUGUAUAGUUUCAGAACCAGUGUGAAGUGGUAUUAUCCAUAUUAUACUUCAUAGUUAUUUCAGAGCACAUUUAUUUAAAUUUUAUUUCUAUCUAAUUAGUUUCAAGGACGUUAAAACUAUUAUUUUGAUAAAUUCCUGCUAUUAAUAUUAGUAGCAUGUCUAUCAAAUUAAAAUUGGGUAUUGAAUCAUAUGCAAAUAGAUAUCAAUGUAGAAUGAUUUAUUUUGGUACCAAAAUAUUUUCCUUAGACUAUUAGGUAUUCUAUAUUACUUAUCUACUCUUUCCUUUGAACAUCAUGUAAAUAUAUCCCUAAAUAGAGCAUUAAUACUCCUAGGUUUUAUUAAAUGCAAUACAAAAUAAUUUAAAUCUGUCCCCAAUGUCUUCAGAGUUUUGCACUCUUAAGACCUUGUACGGCACCAUUUCCUUGCAAAAAACCAACUUUGUCUUGACCCUUGAACAUGUUUAAUUUUUAUCCUAUGCUUAUAUCUUUAAGAUCAUAGUUUUUAAUAGAGCUGCUCUUAUCCAUGGAGUCCUUUAAAUUCAAACUUUAAGCCGAAUGAAGCGGUUUAUUGAUUCUCUUUUAAAUGGAUCUUUGGGUACUCAUGAUUUUCUGGAAAUAUUCUCUAUCCCAAGUCGCACCACUUCUUAGGCCAGUAUUUGUCCCUUCAACGCAUACUCAGGCUCUAUACUCUCUGAGUGAUUUGUAUUUAUUUUUUUUUUAUUUUUUUAUUGUAUUCAUACAUCUGUUUUAAAUGUUAAAUCUAUUAAUUCCUUGCUUCAUUGUUAACUGUCCAUUAGAAUUUAUUUUACCAAAUAAAUAAGUAAAUGCCAAUAGUACUUGUGCAACUCUAACCAUAAAUAACAUAUACAUGAUUUAAUUAAAAGAAAAGUUAAUUUUAUAUUUUUAAAUUUUAAUUGGGAACAGGUAAAAAUAAUAAAUAAUAAACAAUGAUACAUUACAGUAAUAAUAAUUUCUUUGUUGAUUUUUUUUUAUGCCAAUUAUUUAUAUACAAUAUAUGCAUUAUAUAUUUUUUAAUUCAAUUUUUUUUUUUAUAUAUAUAUAUAUAUGUAGAUCAGUAAUAAAUAUGCUGCACUUCUCGAUGAUGGUUCCAACGAAUAGAGAAAUAUAUUUUAUAUCAUAUUUUUUUUUAUUUUUCAUUAAAUUGUUAUAGUUAAGGAUGUACAGAGCGCUUAUAAAUAUAAGACGCCUAAGCUGCUAACUUAUUCUCUUAAUAAUCUCUUUAUAUUCAUUACAUUAAUGUCAGUUAGAAAAGUUUAAUUUUAACUGUAAUAGUGUUACUUGUAUGUGACGUCUGUUGUUGCACCGCAAUCAUUGUAAUUUUUGAGUGUACAAAUUUCAGGAAACUUCAAAUUAUAGGCUUUCAUUUUAAUUUUUAAAUAUAUAUAUUUCUUUUUUAUUACAUAGUUAGCACAAUUUUUAUAUGUCCGCAUAUAUUUUUUUUUUAUAUUUUUUUUUUUUGUAUUAUGUUUGAAUCUUUAUGUAUUUGGUGAUUUGACUUUUCAAUUAUUCAUAAGACUGCUUUACCUAAAUAUGUAAUAUAAUAUUUUAAAAAUCAUUUAUUAAAUUAACAGACGCUCAUUAUUUAUGUAAACAAGACUCUGACCAAAAACAAAUCACUGCCAAGUUCUGUUUUUUAGAAUCUUAAUUUGUGUACAUUUUUAAAUUUGUGUUUGCGAUUUGUAUCAACAGACGAAGGUAAGAUAAUUGUUUUCUUCAAUUUAUAUGUGAAUAAGUAUAUAUAUAUAUAUAUAUAACAUAUUUUUUUGUGUACUCAAACUAUAAAUUAGAUUGUUAUAAUUUUUAACUCGUCAUUAUUACAUAUUAUAAAUGUAUUAAAAUUAUGAUUAACUAAAUUUAGUAUUGUGAUGUUAAAAAUUUUUUUAAAAUUGUAUAAAUACUUAUGUAUUUUAAUGGUUUAAAUUCAAUGAUUUUGAUACCAAUAGUUUCAAAAUAUAUUUUGUACUCUUAAUAAUUAAUGUUUUAUGUAAAUAAUGUUAGGCUGUCAGUCGUAUUCUUUAAGUAAGCAGAGUAGGAAAUUAUUUAUUCAAUUGAUUUAAAUUAAAUAAGGUAUAAUACAUAUUGUUCAUAUUUACCUAAUGUUAUGAACAAUUAUUUCAUUAAACAUCCCUUGUUUUAUGUUUUAAUUUUUUUUACAUUUAAUUUUCUAAUACAUAUUACAUUGUUAUUUUGUUGUAAAGCAAAUUUAAUAAAUACAUCAAUAUCAAUUUUUUAUUUAUAUAUAUAUCAAAUCAAUUAUAUAAUAUAUUAUGUAUAUAUCUAUUGGCCAAUACAAUAAUUAUUAAGAUUUCAUUGCUUCAGUAAUUUUUUAAAGUAGUUACAUUAUUGAGUUUAGUAUGGUUUUCUUUAUAAAAAUAUAUGUGAUAUUAUAUUGCCUUUUUUUAAAAUAUAUAUAUAUGUGUAUAUAUUUAUAUAUAUAUGUAUAAAAAUAUUAAGCAAUUGUUCUUUUGAUAAAAUGGAUUCGUGAAAAUUGUCAUUUUGAAAAUUGAUGAUUUAUCAAUCCAAAUUAUUAUUGAUAUAUUUUGUUUGUGCAAUAUACACUAUAUUUUAAACUUGUGUGAAAUAGCCUUAGUUGAUUUAAAUUAACAUUCAAAUUUAAAUUUAAAAUUAUAUCUUUAAUGAUUUAAUAUAUUUUGAAUGUAAAUUUUGAGUGUAAAAUUUAAAUGAGAAAUAAUGUAAUCAACGUAAAACUAAAAACAUAUAUUUUUGUAUUUUAUUUAUAUUAUAUAAAUUGUUUAAUUUAUAAUUUAGAUAAUUGUGUAUAAUUAAUUAAUUGUUAUAUUAUAUUCUUCUGACAAGGUAAUAUGAGUAUUAAUAUUGUCAUCAUUUUUUUUUUUUUUUUAUUAUUUAUUAAAUAUUUGUAUGGAAAUUAGAACUAGUCUUGUUUAUUUGUAAAUGACAUGUGUUAAGUGUUAAAUAUAUUUCCUCCCCCUUAUUAGAAUUGAUUUUAUUAUUGAACACAAAUCUUCAUUCUCAGUGUAAUUCAUAAAAUUAAUGGUAAACCAAAUAAAAAUAAUUUUCAAUAAAGUUAAAUUUUGAAAUUGUAAAAUCUAUUAUAAAUGUAUUGUUGCAACAUUAUGUACAACGGAUACAGUUGUUUUUAACACCAUUUGAUGGUUAACUAAAC